AUCUUUUCGAGAAUGAGCGAGAUAUGCUUGCCUUUCCUCGAUUUCUCACAUGCUCAAUGAAAGUCAACGAUGACUUUUCAUUGGAGCUGAAAAUGGCGUUUGUUCAAGGAAAGCUUUAUGAUAUUUUCAAUCACUAAAAUUAUGUUAUUAUGCAUAGCGGAGGCCUAAACAUAUCGAAACAAAAGGCACGUUGUUUGUUCUUGUUUUUAUUAGACUACAAUGCAACACGAUCAAACCUAGUCGAUUAGCUACUCGAAUGAAACAGAAGAGCUGGAAGUAAUAUUCGAUUCCUAGCAGACGUUCUUACUAGCAACAAUAUAAACAACAUGGCCGCUGUGUAAAAUUUGGUGUUUACCCUCGGAAAACUGUCGCAACUGCAAAGGCAGGCCAUUAUCCGUGUCAGGCCAAUUGUUUUAAAAAAGAAAGUAACGGAUUGUCUGUUUCAAGUGACUGACAGUCGCUUAAAAUGGAUAUAAAUCCAUUAGCCAACCCUAAAGGGGUAAAACUUUUAUGUGAACUGUGCCAAAUCCCAGCUUUUCUGCAGUGUAAAUUUUGCAACGUUACUUAUUACUGUUCCCUGGAGCACCAGAAGGCUGACUGGAUUGGCAUUCAUGAAAAGAUUUGUGACAGACUUGCAUUUCUAAGGCAGCCAGUUCCUUUUCUAGCAUCUAGGGAGGAUCGGGAAAGGAGACAAAAGGAGGUUCAAGUUAAAAAGAUUGAAUUGAUCGAAAUGACGAGAACUCUUGCUCAGAAGAUGCUGUUUGAAGGCAAGCAUGAAGAAGCAGUACCAGCAGCCAUGCAGUCUCUGAGAUAUUCUAUAGAGGUGUAUGGAGUGUCCACUAUAGAGCUGGUGCCUUCUUACUUGAUACUUGGUGAAGCUAGUGUUGGUCUUGGGAAACUUACACAAGCAGAAGAGUACCUUGCCAAAGCUGACUGGACUGUGUUAAAAACCCCGGACUGCUCGAGGGCUAUUCAGUCAAAACUGUACCGAAAUCUGGGCCUUCUGUAUGCUGCUAAGGGAGACUUCCCAGAGGCUCUUAACAACUUUGCAGAUGAUAUUUAUCACGCAUCAGAGGAGUUUGGUACUGAUGACAUCAGAACAGCAGGAGGUUACUUCCACAUGGGCAAUGUUUUCUUCAGGCAGGGCAAAAUGGAUGUGGCGGACUCAUUGUACAGACAGGUGAUUAAUAUCUGGUACAGCCACCUGGCUGAUGUCCUCAAGUCUAACACUCCAAGCGAGGAAGAACUUGCUCAGAGUCGCACCCGCAUCCUGGGACCUGUGAAAGGAAUGUUUGAGGAAAUGGGCAGUGGACUGGAUGAGGCGCAGGAAGCCGAAGCUGUUCAAAUUCUCAACUCAAUCCACGACAUCCGGGAACAUCAGACGACGCGGCUGCCCCAGGACCUGGCUCAGGCCUGUCACGCUCUAGCCAUGCUGUACUUUGUGCUGGGAGAUAUCAAGAAGGCUAAAGAGUACGGCCGAAAAGCUAUCGUUGCCAGUGACCAAGUGAAGGAUGAUGACUUUUCACAGUCGUUGGUGGAAUUCAUGAAGUUGUGUGAGCGGCAAGGCACUGUCAACUAAGAACAACUAAAGAUUGAGCAGUAACUCCUGAAGGAGAACUAUUUGCCUUUCUGGAAUCUUCUGGAAAUAGGGAAAAGUUGGAAUGUUCUAAGCGUUUUAUUUCUUUUCUGGUCUUUGUGUCCUUUGGUGUUUUAGCAUUGCUACCGUUUAAUUUUUUUUUACAAUUCGGACAGUUUGUUUUUGAGUAAUUUCUUGAUCUAAGUAAUAAGCACCACUAGUUAUCGGGUAAUGAGGAUUUAGAUGAAUGUGAAAACUGAGGCUUCUGUGAUGAGGUUAUGAAAGUCUGUAAAUUUUGUGUGUGUGUCUGUAAAAGAGAGAGGAAAAGAGAGAGAGAGAGAAAGAGAGAGAAAGAGAAAGAGAGAGAGCACCGUUCUAUUUAUCCAAACUGCAUGAACGAGUCAGACGAGGUUCUGUUGCUGAGACUCAAAUUUUAUACUUCUGUGCUAACAUUCAACCAUGUCACAUAGUGAUUUCCAGGAAGGAGUUCAAUCCAUUCAAACAAAGGAAUAUGUUCACUGUUUCCAAACAAUCAACCAAAGCCACAACUGACCUGCAAAUAAUUGUUAUGAUGGUCUUGUCUGUUGAAUAAUAAUGAUGUAUAAUAGUUUUUCCUUGGAAAGAAAAAUGAAAUAAAGAUUAUAAUCUUUUCUAUUU